CCCCACCCAGAGCGCGGGGGGCUCGGCAGCCGCGUUUCCCGGGGCGCCGUUGCGACUGUCCAGCCCCCUGACGCUUUAGUGUUUUUCAGUCGCCAUCCAAUGGGGAGAGGGCGAGGCGGAGCCCGGUGCCCGCCGUGUAACUCGGGGCUUGGAAAGCCUGCAGGCCUGCAAUGCUCUGCUUGCACAGCGCGCCCCGCAAGCAGGCCCCGCGGAUGGCGUCUGGGCUUCGCUAGAGAAGGCGCGAGAGCUGGAGGCGCCCCGGGGGCCCCGCCCUUUGCUAGCAGCUGGCCUAAGGCCCGUCCUUGGGUUCCUUUUUUAAAUGCAAAGAGAUGGAAAGUGCAGUUUGGAAGGCAAAGAAGAGGGUCCUCCCGCCAUGGAUGGCAGCGAGGGAAGUGGAGCCAAGAAAGACUAUGUCAGCAGUGAGAGCCAAGAGGGCGAAGAAGCCAGCUGUGGCAAGGACCGUGACUGUCUAUUGUAUGAACGAAGCGGAGCUGGUGGACGUGGCAUUGGGGGUCCUGGCUGAGAAUUGUAAAUACAAGGAAAUGGAGGGGAACGUUCCAUCUGAAACCGAAGGGGAGCAGGAAAGCCAGCAAACGCCAAUGGAUCCUCAGUGGAGUCCAGCAAGCAGUGGCGGGGCCAGCACCCCCAGGCCAGACCCCAGACACCAGGCUCAGCCAGAUGCUUUGGGCUGUGCUAGCAGGACAGACACGGAGGACGACGAGGAUGAUGCUUUGAAAUACGUCCGGGAGAUAUUUUUCAGCUAACGUCUUGCAGGGUUUUUUUAAGCAGAGCAAAAAUAAUGCUAAGGGAGCCGUAGUGGGGGGGAGGGCGGGGCAGACCCAGAGGCUGGCUCCAGUGGGUGGGGAUACAGCAGUGUGGGGCUGUACGGGUGCCCCCAAUGUCCUCCCAAUUCAAAGGGAGCCUGGAGCAGUGGUGUAGAUGGGGCCCCAGGAGAAGGGAACAGGAGAGGAGCUCGCCCUUGUUCUGCCAUGAGCUGCAUGGCCAAUGUCUGGUUCAAGUACAGCCCUUGCCCAGCCUCUCACCUACCCCUAACACUUCCCCCUUCAUAGCCUCUUCCUUGUGAGCCAGGGGUCCCCUCCUCCGCAGGCCAGCUCCCCAGCUGAUACUAAGUGGCCUCCUGAGUGUCAGUCUCUGCCUAGAAGUCAUGGAGACUGAACUCCCCUCCCAGCUCUGGGGUGGAGCUCGGCAGGGCAGGGCAGGGCAGGCACUUGAAGGUGUGGGGGAGACUUGCUGUGUAGCAACCCGUGAUCUGUGAGUAAACAGUUUGUUCUGCAGGGCUGUCAUUAGGGCACCUUUUAUCAGUAUUAUAUUAACUUUGAAAGGUUAUUAAAAUAUUUAAUGUCUCUUUUAAAAACAAGUGUCCGUGUGCUCUGACUGCACCAUGGGACACCCUGUGCUGUCUCCUCCCCAACCUGUUAGCGUGAUAUCACCUGUUAGUGUGAUAUUUACCUGAUCUGUCAGUGGACCUGCAUUGUCUCUGCGUGAUGACCAGGCAAGCCAGAGAAGCAAACCGGAUCCAUUGUCUAGGGCAGGCCUGUUCACAAGCUCCCCCGCUGUGCCUGGUUUAAAUGCACUUUAGUCAUAAUUUCUGCAUCUACCCACAACUCUUAAUACCCCCUGUGUGUCUACCUCAGGCAGGAGUAGUAGUGAGCAGAGAGUGGUUAGUUUGCAAACGAUCGCUCUCAAGGCAUAUUGUGUACAAAGAUUGCAAUGGUGCGAAUACAGGGGGCUUUGAAUCACGCGUGUUACUCAAUCAGAGAGCAGAUAUGGCACCAGCUGAACAUGUUCUACAACAUUGCACCACCGUGCUCCAGCUCUACGCUAGUCAGUCCUUGGCCUGAGCCUACCAGACAGUGGGGAGAGGCUCAGUGGUGCU